AUGAAGGCGCUAGAGCCCCUAAAGGUCCAACUCUGGAGGGGAGCCAACAGGCUCACGUCUCUGGUCCCUCCUCCGCCUUUCGGGGGGAGGCCCGGCAUACAGAAGAAGGUGUUCAUCGUUUGCUCCAACCCCGUUGGCUCGUCCUUCUCCAACGCCAUCGCCGACUCGGCGGAGAAGGGCCUGCUAGCCAGUGGCCACCUCAUCCGGCGCAUCAACCUCUACUCCAUGCCGAGUGAAGUUGGGGGAGGAGAGUUCCGGUCGCUGCUCUCGACAGAUGAGCGGCAGAGCUACUUCCAAGAGAACAACCAGCCUCAGCUCAGGCAGGACAAGCACGUCGAGCACGUGGUGGAGAGCUUGAAGUGGUGUGACAGCCUGGUGCUGGUCUACCCGACCUGGUGGUUCAACAUCCCUGCCAUCCUCAAAGGAUUCUUCGAUAGGUGCUUCGUCCCGGGUGUGGGCUUCAAGUACGAUCCUGAGCUCGGCCAGAGAACUACAGGGCUCAAGAACAUCGAGCAGGUUGCUGUCAUCACAACCUACGGAUUCUCUUGGCUAGAGGUCAUGAAGGCCGGAGACGCCGGAAGGCGGAUGAUCUCAGGUGGAAUGAGGAUGCUGUUUGCUCCCCUCUGUACCCUCAAAUGGCUGGGGUUGUACGAAAUGCAGUCAGCUCAACCUAGGGAGGUGCGCACGGAGUUCUUGGAGGAGGUUGAGCAGGCCUUCAAGGAGUGGUGAAAACCUCCAUUGAAAGGAAAAAAAACGUUUAUUCAUGGUUUAAAAAAUUAAAG